UCAACAUACAGGCAUUCUCCACCGAUCGAGCACUUCUCACACUUGAUCUCUCUUCUGCUAGCUUCGAAGAAAUAGAAAUGGCGGCUGUUGCUGCAAAGCCGCAGGUUUUGGUGGCUUGUGCCUUGCUGCUCCUCGCAGUGGGAUGCCAGGCCAGCCCUUUCUGGCCACUGGAGAUCGGCUACUACCACGACAAGUGCCCCCAGGCGGAGGCCGUCGUCAAGGGCGUCAUGGAGAAGGCCAUCUCCCAGAACCCCGGCAAUGGCGCCGCCAUGAUCCGCAUGCUCUUCCACGACUGUUUCGUCGAGGGCUGUGACGCUUCCGUCCUCCUGGACCCGACUCGGUUCAGCCCCACGCCGGAGAAACUCAGCCCGCCGAACGACCCUACCCUGCGCGGCUUCAAGCUGAUUGACGCCAUCAAGGACACCCUCGAGGCAGCCUGCCCAGGCGUCGUCUCCUGUGCGGACAUCAUCGCCUUCGCGGCCCGUGACGCGUCCUGCAUCCUCAGCAGGGGCAAGGUAAACUUUCAGAUGCCGUCCGGCCGCCGCGACGGCACCUUCUCCAACGCAUCCGAGCCUCUCAAGUUCCUGGCGCCGCCGACGUCCAACCUCAGCGACCUCGUCGCUAGCUUCGUCAUCAAGGGCCUCAACACGGAGGACCUGGUCGUCCUCUCCGGCGCGCACACCAUCGGGCGUUCCCACUGCUCGUCCUUCGUCUCCGACCGCCUCAACACCCCCUCCGACAUUAACGGAGGCCUGGCCGCGUUCCUGCGGGGGCAGUGCCCGGCCGACGCGACGCCGGGCGGUAACGACCCGACGGUGAUGCAGGACGUGGUGACGCCCAACAAGCUGGACAGACAGUAUUACAAGAACGUGCUGUCGCACACGGUGCUCUUCACCUCCGACGCGGCGCUCAUGACGUCGGCAGAGACGGCGAGAAUGGUGGUGGAGAACGCCAAAAUCCCCCGGUGGUGGGAGGACAGGUUCGAGAAGGCCAUGGUGAAGAUGGCCGGCAUCGAAGUCAAGACCGGCUACCAGGGCCAGAUCAGGAAGAGCUGCCGCGCAAUCAACCACUACUAAUAAGUGCAGUACGUAUACGUAGUGCAGCAGCUGCGCACGUACGUGCAUGCAUGGUAAAAUUUGACGAUUGUUUCCUUCAACCUGCAAAGCGAGUUCAUGUCGUAAAAUUUCGCGAUUCUUUCACUUGUUGCCUUUUUUUUUCUUUUCUUUGGUUAUUCCUUGGUUCAAUUGUAGCCAAGCUACGGAAUUGUUCGUGUAUAUUUUUUUUGAAAAGGGGAUUCCCCGGCCUCUGCAUCAGAUCAAUGCAUACGGCCUCUCUUAUUAAACAAAUAAACAGGUUCUGAACAAAGGUCUUACAGAAAAAGGAACCAAAGCAGCCUAUAGCUCACAUAGAGCAUCGACUGCAAGGCAGAAAUGAGAUAAGCCACAACCCGGCUGGCAAAAUAGCAGAUAGGUAAACUAAACUCCUAUCCUAUUACAUGAUCGCCAUCCAAACCGGUU